AUGGAAAUGGAUGAAAACGCACUAGGUUUAGCAGCUAAAUGUCCUGCUAUGUGUAACUUUUAUAAUGGAUCCGGAGGAUCCGAAUGUGAUCUUGCAAACGUUUGUUCUGUUUAUGAGUGUGACAGGGAUAUUAUGAAUCACUUAUACAGUUUACAAAGUGCACAAAUUCUAGACAGGUGUGUGUCUAAUGCUCAUAUAUGUCCUGAGUACAUAGUAAUAUUGUAUCGAAGUGGAUAUUUCAUCAUCGAUAAGGCAGUGCUUUCUAUGAAAAUAUGCCUGAAGCACCGCGAAGAGUUGGGAGCACGGUGGAAAAGAUCAAAGAGAACUUGUUCUUAUCCUGGUCAUCGGGGUAAUAUGAAAGCUGACAGAGGGGCCAGUCCAACAAUGUGUAAAGAACUCUGGUUAAAAACAAGACAGACUAUACCAGUAGGAUCAGCAAUUUGCAAAAGGUGCUCAAUGGAUCAUAAGGAGAAUGUGUCCCCAUCAUACAAUGUAGAGUAUGUAGAAGAACUAGAGUGGUGUAGACAGAUUUGUAGAAUUCUUCACACAGACAACAGCACAAAAUCCAAAAGUCAUGGUGAACAUCUACAGUCCUGUUUGAUUGACAUACAAGUGCCACAUGUACCAGCUAUAGUUGAAAACAAAGAAACAGCAUUUGAUAUUGAUGUACACAGUGUACAAAGUUCACAAGACACAGACACAGUGGGUACAGACAUGGAGUUUGAAAUUCUCUCCACAAGUUCUUGUUACCCUUCCUUACCAUCAUCCCAAGACUGGUAUGAGCAGAACAAAACACCAAAAGAAAAACUAAAUGAAGCAUUACUGAGACUUUCAGAUAACAAGUUUCAACCUCUGAAGUCUCAACUUACAAGACCUUGGUCUGAAUUAGCAAAGUCUGCAAAGUAUUACUACAUCAGCAAGGCCAAAGAAGCUGUUAUGAUAGUCCUGUCCAUCAUAGCCCCAGGACAAGAGGACACCAUUCUCUCAAAACUCAGUCCAUCCUUUACAAAUGAAAGUGAUGCAACAGACAAAGCUACACAACAGUUGAUAGAGGCAUAUCAUGUCACAGCAGACAAAAAAACCCAGCUGCAGAUCUUGUCAUUAUUUGCGAACAACUUUACAAAGGCAAAGCUUCUUCAACUUGUACCAUCACUGACACAAUCCAAAAUUGAUGCCGCCAGAAAACAUGCUUCAGUGAUGGGACCAGGACAGAUACUAAAUCCACCAAAGAUAUACAGAAUACGUCUGACCAGACCAAAAUUGCUCCACUUUCUGGAAUAUGUAUCUAUGCCCUCUAUUUCCCAGGUUCUUGGUUUUGGUACCAUGCAACUUCAUUUGUCAAGUGGAGAAAAAAUACAAAUUCCAAAAGUUAUCAGAAAUGCUGUGAGUGCUAGAAUCAUUGCAAACUACCUAGAGUAUUGCAAGGAAACAGAGUUCCAAACUUUUAGCCGUGCAUCUUUGUACAGAAUCCUGAAAGCCUGUCGAGCAUCAAAAAGGAAAGCAAUGCAUGGACUUGACAAUACUACAGCACUUGGAAUGAUUGCCAUGGAGUCAUUACAGAAGGUUGUAACAAGACUUGGGGAAUAUGGAUUGGAUAUGGAGAAAAAAGACACUCUGAUUGAUAUGAUCAACAUCUGUAAUCAGCACUUGAAAUUUGAUGUGAAAAGCCAUUUCAGCAGAAGUUCCUCAUGCAGUGAUCAUUGUACAAUGUUUGCCCUGAGUGAUCCAACAGACACAUGCUUUUCUAGUAACUGUGAUCAUGACCAUUCAGACAUUUGCUCAAAUUGUGCUUUGACACACAAACUUACAGAGGGCAUCACUGAAGCCACUAAAACAGUCAGAAUACCAUCUGAGGAUUUGAUGGAGGAAUUGCAGCAUGAAAUUACCAUGGCAACAAAAGCCAUCAAGGACUGGAAGGCUCAUCUUCUUAGAACUGUGCACCAAGACUUUGCAAGAUCAGACAUCCUACAACACCUUGAAUCAAACCAGGGACUUCUUAUAAUGGAUUGGGCCAUGAAGUUUCUACCCCUCCAGUACAGGGAAACACAGUCAGACUUCUUUGGAAAAAGGGGCAUUAGCUGGCAUAUUUCAUGUUUAAUUACCAAGAAGAGUGACCCUGAACCAACAGCUAGCACCUUGUCAGACCAUCUUGACUUGAACACCUAUAUCCAUAUCCUUGAGAAUGGUACUCAAGGUUGGUUUUCUGUUGCUCAUAUUAUUAGACACCUUCUUUUGACUCUAUCAGUGCAGUUUCCAAACCUGAAAGAGAUCUACAUGAAGACAGACAAUGCUGGUUGCUAUCACUGUACACCACUAAUCUCCUUUAUCAGUCAGAAUCACAGUCAUUUUCCUAUUACCAUCAAGGAGUUCAACUUCAGUGAAGCACAGUCUGGAAAAGAUCUUUGUGACAGCAAAACUGGUUCCUGUCGAAUGCAUGUGGCUAGAUUUCUGAAUGAGGGAAAUGAUAUUCUUUCUGCCUCAGACUUGAAGAGAGCCUUAGAAAGUAAUAAUGGAUUGAAAGGAACAAAGACCUGUGUUAUAUCCAUUGACAAUGCAGAGGAGCCCAAGAUAAAAUCCAAAAUUCCUCAGAUUAGCCUUCUGAACAAUUUCAGAUUUGAUGUGGAUUCAGUUAGUGCAAAAAGGGCAUAUCAGAUUGGUUGUGGACGCCUUAUUGAGACCAAUACUUUGAAGGAUCAGCAUCUUAAUGUUGGAGAAAUGAAUGGUUUUGAGGUGUUAGAAGAAUUUCCAUCUCAUGCAGUUGAUGUUGGACAAGUCUGUGUUAGAAUGAGGAACCCAAACAUUCAAAAUGAAAUGGAGGAGGAACAGAACCAGGAUCAGGACCAGGGGCACCUGAAUAAUAAUUUGUAUGCAUGUCCAGAUCCCUAUUGCCAGAAACAGUAUGUGAGGUCUGCUAACCUCGAGAAACAUCUAGCAUUAGGCAAUCACCUUUACAGGAAAGCUGAAGAAACCGGAAUUGAUUGUGGCAUCAAAAUAUGGGUUGAAAAGUGUUCUGCCAUCCGAGAGAAAUAUGCUCACAUUUGUGAGACAGUGUUGUCUCAGAGUCGUGAUACAGGUAUCUUUUCCCAAAGUUCAGGAGGAUGGGCAUUAAAAUCUGUUGCUAAAUGCAACAGGUUCUCCUUAAAUGUGAAGGAGUAUGUAAAGAAGAUUUUUGAAAGCUGUGAAAAGACAGGAAAACGGCCGAAUUAUGCAGCUUUAAGUGGAGAACUUCAAAAAGCUUGUGAUGAAAAUGGACAACGCCUUUUUAGACCAUUUGAGUGGCUAACAGCAAAUCAACUGAGAAACUUGUUUGCAUCAUAUAUUAACAACAAGAAGAAAAAUUAUAGGGACAGACAGAUUCUUUUAGUGGAAGUUCCAGAAACAGAUGAACAUCUUCAAGAAAUUGUCAUGAAUCUUAAGGCAGAAGAACGUCAGCAGACUGUAUCUGACAUGUAUGAAAAUGUGUUUUAUGCAGCAAAUACUUAAUUUACCUUUGGAUAUCUCUGUGGCAACCUGUAUAACAUGCAUUUACAUGGAAAUUAUCAAUGUUUUAUACUUUAAGAUAUCUGUAAAGGUGAAAAAUUCCAGGUUUAAAAAAAAUACACUGUCUCAGUAUGUGUAUUUUAGCAUGAAUGUAUUUCUUAUUACAUUUGGUAUUUAUCUUUUAUGAUUGUGUGAGCAUGGCAACUUACAGGUUACAUUAGUGCAAUGAUUCAUUUCUUUUUAUGUAAUGAUUAUUGUCAGUUCUAAUUAGACACCACCAAAAGUUAACUCUCUGAAGGUUCAGUACACUGUCAGUAAUAUAUAAAUAUAAGGUUUUCUCAGGAAAUUAAACAAACGCAAAUGAUUGUAUUUCCUUGGAAACAAGUUUUUUUCAUUUUAGUAACCAAUUUUAUUAUAGUAUUUGAAAAUAUUGAAAUUAAUAUUUGCAAAACUUAUCUUAAAGUAAUAACAUUUAAUUUAGUAUUCUCUGUUAAAACCAUAAAGCAUCAGAAUUUUUUUUACCUUCUUAAAAGAAAGUGAUAAAAGUCCAAAAUGAGGAAAAACAACAAUUUGAAGUUUUUAUGAAUAACAGUAAUAUACGUUAUGUACUUAUAUGAUGGCGUUAUUAAUGACAACUUGUAUUUCCUGUUUUGAAAUAUUCAAAGUUAAUUUUUAUUAUUAUUUGCUGUAUAAAUUGUCAAAAUAAUGCUGUGAUAUUUCAGAACAUUUCUGGUAUAGAUUUAAAUGAAUUGAAUGUUAGCCAUUUUAACGUUUUUUUGUAAAAAUGAAAAAACCAGUCUUAUUGGUGACCUCAUAUCUGACCUAUAUUAUAGAGUCCAAAGUCAGAUUUUUUAUAUUGUACUAUUCAUGGUCUGUACUUAUAGGUGUAAUUGCAAUAAAAGAAAUUGAAGCGUUUACAGACACCAAAAUAAUGCUUUGUAAGUUGAUAAAAUUUGAACAUUUCAUUAAACGUAGCAAUUUGAAAAGUUUAUGACCUUUUUGUACUUAAACUAGAUAAGUUCUAUAUAAAUGUACCACCCCAGAUGAAAUGCUAGACAACAUGCUUUUACCCCCUAUAACUAGUUUCUAUGCAUGUAUUAUCACUCUAAGUUGAGAGGUCCUGAAAUAUGUGUAGAUUUCAUGGUUUUUGUUCCCAUUUUUGACCCCUUGUUCUAUUUUUAGUAACAUGCCUUUUACUCAUGAACUAUGCCAACCAUGACAAAAGCAUAUGUGGUAAAUUUUAUGCCAUAUUAAUACUAUGUUGCACACCAAAAUUGAUAUCGAUACAUCAACCAUGCUUGUGGACUGUUUUGCAUGACUUUCUCUGAGACGCUCA